UCACUAUAUUAUUGAGAAAGAAAAAUUAACAGAUCCUCAGAGAAUGACGAUCACCAUGAAUCCUGAUCAGCUCCAGGAUCCUGUGCUACUUGUCUCUCAAAUCUACCCUUGUGUAUAUACUUCCUGCACAGAGGUACCACAUCAAGGGGGACCGAAGCCGCGGCGGAGGCGUAAGAAGACCAAGGGAGGCGAAACCUCCGUCGGGACGAAGAAGAGGAAGCUCAGCCAGGAGCAAGUGAACCUUCUCGAGUUGAAUUUUGGGAACGAGCAUAAACUGGAGUCGGAGAGAAAAGACCGGAUAGCGGCGGAGCUAGGUCUUGAUCCUCGCCAAGUGGCGGUUUGGUUCCAAAACCGCCGUGCUCGGUGGAAGAACAAGAAGCUGGAAGAGGAGUAUUCCAGGCUCAAGUCGGCCCACGAAAACGUCGUCGUAGAAAAUUACCGUCUUGAAUCAGAGGUUAUGAAGCUCAAGGAGCAACUGUGUGAGGCGAAGAAGGAGAUUCAACAGCUGGCGGAGCGAGUCGAAGGGGUUUCAAGUAACAGUACCCCGAGCUCGUCACUCUCGGUGGACGCCGUGGAUCCACCGUUUCUUGGAGAAUUUGAAGUGGAAGAAUACGAGAAUGUUCUAUACAUGCCGGAACCCGGUUAUGUUAAUGGCCUAGAUUGGAUUAACUUGUACAUGUAAAACUAGUGGAUUGUGGUAUUUGAUUACUAUUUGUAGAUAUAGAUCAAUCUAAUGUACAUCUUUUCCCCUAGAUUGUCCUAAUUAAUUAGUGUAGUUUUCCUUUUAGCGUGUUUCGAGGGACAAAUGUGAAAUGUUUGCUCUUUUUUUUUUUUUUCUCUUAAAUAGAGAUUGUGGAAAUGU